CGAAGCUGAAGGGGCUGGGACCGGAGUAGGAGGUGGACCUGGGUCCCUUCACUGCUCCCCUUUUCUCCUCCUCCAGGGCACUAGCGGAGCUCAAGAAUAGGGGCAGGGGCAGCACCCUGACCCACUACACCAAGGAAAAGCAUGGAACCCACCACAAUAGCAUUGGCCCUUUGCCAAACUAUUCUAUUGCCCAAUAUCAAAUGAAGCAAAAUUAAUCAGUCUCUGUUGUGCCAUUGGGUCCAUACCCCUCCAUCCUACAGCUUCUGUGAUGCCACCAGAUCCAUAUACCCAUCUGGUGCCAUUGAAUCUGCAACACCAAAUUCCAGGUUCUGUGGUGUGGUAGGAUCUGAGCCCUCUCCCCAAGAGGAUCUGAGACCUCUGCAGGGUCUGGGAAUGCUGACAGUCAGUGUUUAAAUGACAAAACAGGCGGUAAAGGAAAUGCAGGCUGUUAAUCAGGAACCCCUGAUGGAGUCCACAGUUUGAGUGUAACUAACACCAGCUCAUCAUAGUUUCAGGAGACAGAGUUCAUUCCAUUCCAGGACUAUUAAUAUAGACAACUAUUUAUACUGCUGUGUUCCUACAGCACUAAAGCAGAGAGCUACAGCUGCAGAGCUAAAACGGAAUAAAAUGUCAACCACCAAGGAGAAAGUGAUCAUGCUAGAGACUGAAAGAAGAGACCGUGAAAAGACAGAAUAAGAGACAAUCUUCACAGAUCCUGCCUGGUACUGCUGGGUUAACUGAUCUUCAUAGCUCUCUGAUACCUGCAGCCUGAAAACAGAACCAGUCAAUAAUCUUACUACAGAAAAUGAAGCUAUUCUGAGAGGUUGCCAGAAAUGCACGCUCAGCGAAGAUUCUGAUAGAGGGAUAGAGAAUUGAGCUAACCCGAAAGGAAGCUUUGCGGUCUCCAACUGCCUUGUUACCUGCUCUGAUCAGAGUAUGGAGAGCUCAGGAGGGCCGUACCUGAACACAGCAGCAGUGGCAUCCCCGGUGGGAGUAGCCCGUUUGCUGCAGAUGGCGUUUGGAUGUACUACUUUCAGCCUGGUGGCCCAUCAGGGGGGAUUCAGUGCAGCCUAUGGCACCUUCUGCAUGUUCGUCUGGUGUUUCUGUUUUGCUGUCACCAUCUUUAUAAUAACCUGUGAGUUCACUCGUCUCCACAGCUGCCUGAGCAUCUCCUGGGGAAAUUUCACAGCUGCCUUUGCCAUGCUGGCCACACUCAUGUCCAUCACUGCGGCUGUGAUCUACCCGCUCUAUUUUGCCCAGUUUGGCUGUUAUUCCAUCAGUUGCAAGGUGAGAGAUUUCCGCAUAGCAGCCAGUGUCUUUGCAGGGCUCCUGUUCAUUGCGUAUGCUGUGGAGGUGUUUCUAACCAGAGCCAAGCCAGGACAGGUGACCAGCUACAUGGCCACAGUAUCUGGCCUCUUGAAAAUUGUCCAGGCCUUCGUGGCCUGCAUCAUCUUUGGGGCACUGGUAAAUGACAGUCAGUACAGCAAUUAUGUGGCUACACAAUGGUGUGUGGCUGUCUAUAGCUUCUGCUUUGUGGUGACAGUGGUGGUAGUGGCCUUCAAUGUCACAGGAAGGACAGCAAUGCUGCGGUGCCCCUUUGAGCGCUUCGUGGUCAUUUACACAUUCGUGGCCAUCCUCAUGUAUGUGAGUGCAGCAGUGAUCUGGCCAGUGUUCUGCUUUGAUAGUAAGUAUGGGUCCCCAUGGCGCCCCUACCAGUGCUCCCAGGGCAAAUGCCCCUGGGACAGCCAACUGGUGAUUGCUAUAUUUACUUAUGUGAACCUGGUGCUUUACAUUGUGGACUUGGCAUACUCUCAACGCAUCCGCUUUGUCUCACACCCUUAAAUUCCCAAUGCUGCCCCUGCAAAGCCAUCAGGGCUCAAGCAACAACAGAGUUGGGAAUCAGUUGGAGACAGGGGUCAUAGAAAGUAGCUGCUGAGCCAGACACACCAAUAAAUUAAACACACUUCAAGGUUAAGACUAGACCAGUAAAUGAACUAUCUGUAAUGGGUGGGCAGCAGAUGAGUCGGGAAAGAAGACCACAACUUUUCUUACCCAUCAACAUUUGCUUCAUCCCUUCUGUAUAGGGGAAAGGAAUAGCAUAGCAAACUGGAUAGUAUCCUUGCAUCUCCACCAAACAUGAGCAUCUGCUGCAAGAGUGGCUACGUAUGCCACUGGAUUAUCAGGCCAAAUAUUAAGCUGGGAUCAGUGAGGUCUUGGGACUGCCACCAACACUGAACUCUAACCAAGAAGUGACUGUAUCCAGGGCAGAUUGAGGAGUUCAGAGACCGCACCAGCUCUAGAACAGAAUGAGGAUCCUUCAAAAUCCCAGACAUUUGAUGUUAUUUCUGUUAUGGCGAGAAAUUCAUUGCUUGUAAAUAUGGGAGGUUCUAGCAAAAUGGGUCUGAGGGGGAAAAACAUUACAGCAAUUACGCUGAUUUGAAGACUAGGAGUCCCCUCACUCGCCCACACACACUGUGGAAUAAGCAUCGCCUUGUGUAUGUGCCAGGUUGGAAAGGUUAGGGAUAUUCUUGUUAAGGAUACUCUGAGCCAUUACAGAAGUGAAAGUUGCUGAGUCAUUGUUCUACUACCCAGAAAUGGAGUGUGUGCUGGAUCCAAGGCCUCGAAAUAACCACUUUUAGUUUGAGCUCCUCACUGUUCACUCAAGCAGGGUCUGGAGAUACAGCAGCUCCGUGCUCAUGUAAAAGUUGCUUAAUAGGCCUAUAUACUGACAGGGCCGUAGCAACAAAGAACGUGGCCCCCUCCGAACGGUGGCCCCCUCCGAACAUAUGUCCGGGCGGGGCCCCUUACAAUGCAGAAACUGGAAUGCGGUAUUUAUUUUGCCACUUUUAGGGGCCCCCUUCCUUGCGGGGCCCCCUCCGGUCGGAGGGUAUGGAGGGCGCUCGCUACGCUUCUGUGAACUGAUGGAAAUUAAAGGUGUGUUCUGUGGGGAAAAAGAAUGGGGACAGAAAGGGACUGGUCCCACCCUACUGCUCCAGGCCCCUGCAGGUUACAGAUAAGAUGAUCAGCCUCAUGGGGGAGAGGGGGAAAUGCUUAAAUCGUUAAUGGAUCCAGCCAAUUUUCUCAGACCAGAUUAAAUUCCAGGACCCCUAACUCUCUGCCCUUUGCUUUACCUGCCAGCUGCACAGCCACCUCCCUAAUCCUUCUUCAGCAAACACCCUCUCUGGUCUCCUAUAGCAUGGCUCAGGAUUACUUCCCAUGGAAACUGCCUUCCUUCAUCCAAGGGAAUUCCCAAUCCAGCAAGAAACCAAAGCAGUUUGUUUUUAUUCAGAUACUUGUACAGAAUGUGUGUGAAUCUAAUAGGAGGUCAGAUUAGAAACCACAAAUAAAAAUGACACAUUGUCAAAAGUAACUGUGUUUAAUUUGAAAUAAAGCCACAUGGUAACCUUACAAUGCACACACCCACACAGCUCCAUACACUUCCACCGUCCCCCGCCCAGAUACAGCCUCUCCAACUUCACCUUUCCCAUCAAAAAUACACCACCAGACGCUCCUCUUCUAUUUCUCCCCCCCCAAAAAAAUCCCACCUUAUCUUCCCCAGACAGACCCCCCCAAAAAACAGAUUUCCACACAUUCCUUCCCCUACCCCCCGGGAAAA